ACCGCUCAUAGUCUCCACUCGUUCAUCAAUUAACCGCUAAAUCUUCAGUCAGGCGAUAGACGUGCGAAAUGGGCGCUCUCAAAGCCGUGGCGCUCAUCACAGGAGGUGAUCAUUCCAACGUCAAAGGCUCCAUUCAGUUCGUCCAAGAUUCAAAUGGUGCGACCCAUGUUAAUGGUAGAUUAAGUGGGCUAUCUCCUGGACUCCAUGGCUUCCAUAUCCACGCUCUUGGAGAUACCACAAAUGGCUGCAACUCCACUGGGCCUCAUUUUAAUCCAUUGAAGAAGAACCAUGGAGCUCCUGGGGAUUCAGAACGUCACGCUGGAGAUCUGGGGAACAUCUAUGCAGGCCCUGAUGGGGUUGCUGAAGUUUCCAUUACAGAUAGGCUGAUUUCACUUAAGGGACCUCAUUCGAUACUUGGACGGGCUGUUGUUGUGCACGCUGAUCCCGAUGAUCUUGGCAAGGGCGGGCAUGAACUCAGCAAGACGACUGGAAACGCUGGUGCAAGAAUCGGAUGCGGCAUUAUUGGGAUCCAAUCCUCUGUUUAAAGGUUGGCUGUGCUGGAACCCUCUCUCUCUCUCUCUGUUUCUUUCCUUUUUGUUCUGUACAAAUAAAUGAGUCCAUCAACAAUAAGUUAUAAGUUAUUUCGAGUCGGGUAUGUGAAAAUAGGUCGAGUUUGAGUUCUAUGGUUGGAAAUGUUCAAUUCGUCGUUCAAAUAAGAAUCAUAUUACGAUAUUGUCGAAGAGACUAGUUAUUCACUAAA